UUUUAAGUUAAUUUAUUUUACUAUAGGCAACCCAACGUAUUUUGGAAAUAUAUGUUUGGUUCCAUCAGCUGUUAUUUAUCAAAAUUUGUAAAUAGUAAACAUUUAAAUAAACAAAACUACUUAAAAUAAUGUAUAGUUCAAUUAAUUUAAAUAAUAUAAAGUAUUUAAGCAGGGUAUAUUCUUCAUUUAUACCUAAACACAAACCAGUUGAAGAUAAAGAUGUACAAUUGUUAAAAGAUUUUAUUUUUUCUUCUGUGAACUUAGUUGCUUUAACAGGAGCAGGCAUUUCUACAGAAUCAGGAAUACCAGACUAUAGAUCAGAAGGUGUUGGUCUCUAUGCUCGGACAAACCACAAACCAAUUCAAUACCAAGAAUUUAUAAAACAUCCACACACUAGGCAAAGAUAUUGGGCUAGAAAUUUUGUUGGGUGGGAACGUUUCUCUAGUGUGCAGCCAAAUGACACCCAUAAAAUCCUCCAACAUCUUGAGGAGGAAGGUCCAUUGAGUUGUGUAAUCACUCAGAAUGUUGAUAAUCUGCACCAGAAGGCAGGCAGUCAGAAUGUGAUCACUCUGCAUGGGAGUGCAUUUACUGUGAUAUGUACAAAUUGCAACACUAAAGUAGAUCGGUAUAAAGUACAAGAAGAAUUGAAGAUUGAUAAUCCUAUGGCUUUUGAGAAUAUUGCAACAAUGAUUAGACCAGAUGGAGAUGUUGAGAUACCUUUGGAGUUUGUUGAAAAGUUUAAAACUCCAAAAUGCAAAACAUGUCAUUAUGAUUUAAAACCAGACAUUGUGUUCUUUGGCGACAAUGUACCUAAAGCAAUUGUGCACCAAGUUGAGCAGACAGUACAUAAUUGUGAUUCGUUACUCGUGCUUGGGUCGAGUUUACAGGUAUUCUCUAGUUAUAGGAUAAUUUUGCAGGCCUUGGAUGAAUGUAAAAAUAUUUGUAUAGUGAAUAUUGGCCCAACCCGGGCUGAUAAAUUGAUUGAUUUUAAAAUUUCUGCCAAGUGCAGUGAAAUUCUAGCAAAGGUUCUACUUUAAAAUGAUUGCUGUGUAUAUUGACUUAUGUAAUAAGAUUUUUUUGGGUUUAUUUUAUGAUUUGCUUAGGAUGAGUGAUAAUAAAAUAUUAAUAAAAAAAUUCUCUUUA